GUCAUGUGAGGUCAUACUCAAGAAAUCACCGGGUCUAGUCAAGGCCCACACAGCAUACUCUCAAGUCAAGGCCCACACAGCAUACCCUCAAGUCAAGGCCCACACAGCAUACUCUCAAGUCAAGGCCCACACAGCAUACCCUCAAGUCAAGGCCCACACAGCAUACUCUCAAGUCAAGGACCACACAGCAUACUCUCAAGUCAAGUCCCACACAGCAUACCCUCAAGUCAAGGCCCACACAGCAUACUCUCAAGUCAAGGACCACACAGCAUACUCUCAAGUCAAGGACCACACAGCAUACCCUCAAGUCAAGGACCACACAGCAUACCCUCAAGUCAAGGACCACACAGUAUACCCUCAAGUCAAGGACCACACAGCAUACCCUCAAGUCAAGGAUCACACAGCAUACUCUCAAGUCAAGGACCACACAGUAUACCCUCAAGUCAAGGAUCACACAGCAUACUCUCAAGUCAAGGACCACACAGCAUACCCUCAAGUCAAGGCCCAUACAGCAUACUCUCAAGUCAAGGACCACACAGCAUACCCUCAAGUCAAGGACCACACAGCAUACCCUCAAGUCAAGGACCACACAGUAUACCCUCAAGUCAAGGAUCACACAGCAUACUCUCAAGUCAAGGACCACACAGUAUACCCUCAAGUCAAGGAUCACACAGCAUACUCUCAAGUCAAGGACCACACAGUAUACCCUCAAGUCAAGGACCACACAGCAUACCCUCAAGUCAAGGCCCACACAGCAUACCCUCAAGUCAAGGAUCACAUAGCAUACUCUCAAGUCAAGGCCCACACAGCAUACUAUCAAGUCAAGGCCCACACAGCAUACCCUCAAGUCAAGGACCACACACAGCAUACUCUCAAGUCAAGGAUCACACACAGCAUACUAUCAAGUCAAGGACCACAUAGCAUACUCUCAAGUCAAGGAUCACACACAGCAUACUCUCAAGUCAAGGACCACACUCAGCAUACUCUCAAGUCAAGGAUCACACACAGCAUACUCUCAAGUCAAUGA